CCACGUAUGAACGGAAGAUUCAACUAGGGAGGGAGAGGUGUGGAAGUGGGAGAAAAGCAUCCUCCUCUGUCACGUGCCGUUUGGCGCCAAUUUCACAACCGCCAUAGCCGCCGUCCACCACCGUGUAGCGCAAUGAAGAAAAGGCGAAAUUCCCGAAUUGACACCGACGAUGAAGCUCCGGCCACCACACAAGAAAUCGGUCGCCAUAGAAAAGUGAAGUUCGUCGCUGCUCCCGAAAACGAUAGCCCUAGACUAUCAGUAUCAGAGAGACGAAAAGUUACAGCAGGUACAGAUAUGGAUCCAAAGACUUCCGAAUAUGCUUUCUUUAAGAAAUUGAAGAAUGAUGCAAGCCUCAGAUUUUAUGCACAUCCACUGAAAAAGGAUGCAUCCCUAUCAUCGAAGAAGCCUAGAUCCAGUGACUAUUCCAGAGAGAGGACCGGCAGUGUUAGGGUUGCAAGUAAGGCCUUCAACUCUUCAAAGAUCAUUGAGGACAUGUCAUCUGUUAAGACCGACUCAUUUGUCUCGCCGUCUGGUGGAACUUGGCUUAAGUCAGACCUUUAUUCUAUCAGAAGUAUGCCAGAAAGCAAUCAAGGUUGUAGUGACACCUUCAAACCCCAGGGAAACCAGUAUGCAAAUGGAGAAAUUUUCUCUAGAAAGAGAGAGAAACUGCGACAAUGUAUUGCAGAUGUCUUAAUUCCUGAUAUAGAAAAGCUGUCUUCCAAAGGGUUAGGCACCGUUGCACUGUUAAUAGUAGAUGUUUUUGUAAUUUUCCUUUAUCGCGAAUAUAAAUUUUGCAGGUGUGAUAUUGUUUCCAUGCUCCUUAGUCGACUGUUCCCGAUGAGCAUUGAGGAAAAUAAAUCUGAGGAUCCAAAUCGAGGAAAAGUAGAAAAUGAUACCAGAUAUGAUUUACUUGAUUCUUCAGAGUCAGAUUUUGAAUUUAAGGAGCACUAUCAGAUACGUAAGAGGAGACUUCUUGAACUUGAACCAAGCUCAUACUUCAGUGACCCUUUGUUGUCUCCUAUGUUUCUCAAAUCAGAUGAGACAACUACUCCACAUGCUGAGUUUCCAACCAAUCAUUCUUACAACUUUCAACCUCUCUACAGUAUAGCAGAACCUGAGUGCAAAUUCAGGGGAUCUCCAAGUUUCAGUGCCACUACCAAGAGUGACAUAACUCUUGGAUCUCUGUCCAACGAAGUAGCAAAUGAAACCACCUAUGGUUUACUUGAUUCUCAAGAGUUAGAUGUUAAAUUUACAGAACACCGUCAGAUACCCAGGAGGGAUCUCCUUGAACUUGAAUCAAGCUCAUCCUUCAGUGAUCAUUUGUUGUCUCCAAUGUUUCUCCCAUCACCUGAGUUCAUUGCUCCAUGCGCCGAAAUUGCAGCCUAUUCUCACAAGUUUCAACCUCUGUUCAGAAUUACAGAAAAUGAAAGCAAAUUGGAUGAAACUACAAUUUUCAUUGACAAGAAUUAUGUAACUAAUGGAUUUCUGUCUGAUGAGAAAAAGCAUGAAACUUUUACAUUGAAUCAUUUCAAAGAGCUUGGGAAACUUGAGAGACAACCAAUUUCUCUUCUUCUGGAAAAGGAUUAUGACUGCACAACAAAUAAGGUAAAUUUACCUAUCAAUUAUAAGCAUAUAAAUCCAGACAUGCCCCCUGCAUUAUCAAUUUUAGGCCAUGGUGAAGAGCAGAUGUUAAACAAUGCAUUAGCUCAAUACCACUUUAGUCCUCUGCCUUUUCUACUUGACAAGCCACAUGACUUCAAUUCAAGAUUGGAUCCUGGUUUAUUAAACUACCAAGAAUUCAGUUUUGGAAAAUCUGUUCAUGAAGACAUGGACACAAAUUGUAACCAUACAGCAUUGUCCUUGUCACACUAUAAGCACCAGUUUAAAUUGUCAGAAAAUUGCGAGAAUGACAUGACUUGUGUUGAUCCAGACAGCAAAUACCUUUCACCUUACCAACAAUGGGUUAGAAGAACAGUUUCCAAUGACCAUCAUGAGACAGAACCCUGGCUGCUUUCUCCUACACUGGAUGAAUGUCAGAGGUUGUUACCCUUAACCAGUUCCCAUACAAGUUACCUUAGUUCAAAUUCUAGAUCUUUACUACUGCCCCAAAGGGAAGCAAAUAUGUCUUAUCCUUUUCAGAUUGUUGAUAAUUACGAGUCAGAGAUGGAGCUUGGAAAUCAAGGGGAAGAAGUGCUUUAUCAUUUUAGGAAAGACUUUAUUGAAAUGUAUGAUGCUUCUUUUCUUCGAAUGUCCGUGCAAAGAGACAUUGGAUGCCAAUUUUCAGUGGAUGAAAAUGACUACAUCAAUGAGCAAGAGCAGACACACAAGAUGCUCGUCUAGAGUCCUACAUUCUUGGUUAAUUUUGUUCCUCUAGACUAGAGUCCUAUUUUCACAGAAAUGUAACCAAGAAUAUUGUUCCUAUCUUUGACAAUUCGGACCAUUUACAGGACUUUGUCUUAGUAAAAAUGACAAGAAUGGUUGGUUGCACAAA